ACAAACGCGCACGAGAGAAGAGAGAAGAGAGAAGAGAGAAGAUGGGAGAGAGUUAUGAACCUCUGUUUGAAACAAAGAAAGUAAAAGGUAGGCUUGCUUACAAGUUGUUUGCAUGCUCCAUGUUGGUGGGCAUAUGCUUGAUAUGGUUGUAUAGAGCAACUCAUGUCCCGGGAUGGGGAGAACAAGGGAGAUGGGCAUGGAUGGGGAUAUUUGCAGCCGAGCUUUGGUUCGGCUUCUACUGGAUCAUCACUCAGUCGGUACGUUGGAGCCCCGUCUAUCGCCACACUCACACGGAGAAGCUCUCUCAGCGAGAUGAAACUGAGUUGCCAAACGUGGAUAUAUUCGUGUGCACAGCAGACCCUAUUGCAGAGCCACCCACACUGGUCAUCUCCACUGUUCUAUCAGCCAUGGCUUACAAUUACCCUCCAGAGAAGCUAAAUGUCUACCUCUCUGAUGAUGCUGGGUCUGUUCUAACUUUCUAUGCCCUUUGGGAAGCAUCUCACUUUGCAAAGCACUGGAUUCCAUUUUGCAAGAAGUAUAAUGUGGAGCCACGAUCGCCAGCUGCCUAUUUUUCCAACUUAUGCAACCCCCAUGAUGCUGAAUGGCGUUUUAUAAAGAAUCUAUAUGAAGAGAUGGCGGAUCGCAUCGAUUCAGUGGUAAUGUUAGGCAAGAUUCCGGAAGAACUGAGUGCAAACAAAGGAUUUAUGGAAUGGAGUUCGGGGAUGACUUCACGCAAUCAUCCACCCAUUGUGCAGAUCUUAAUUGAUGGGAGAGACCAAGGUUCAAUAGGCAGCGAUGGAAAUGCAUUACCAACUUUGGUGUACAUGGCUCGGGAGAAGAGGCCUCAGCAUCAUCAUAACUUCAAAGCAGGGGCUAUGAACGCAUUGAUAAGGGCGUCAUCAGAGAUAAGCAACAGCCCGGUCAUCCUCAACUUGGACUGCGACAUGUACUCCAACAACUCAGAGUCCAUCAGAGAUGCAUUGUGUUUCUUUCUGGAUGAAGAGAAGGGUCAUGACAUUGGCUUUGUACAAUAUCCCCAGCUCUUUCAUAAUAUCACCAAGAAUGAUCUCUAUGACAAUUCCCUUAAUGUGAUCACUAAGGUGGACCACCCUGGCUUGGAUGGUUGGGGAGGAAGUAUCUAUAUUGGCACGGGAUGCUUCCACAGGAGAGAGAUACUUUGUGGGAGGAAGUAUAGCAAGGACUACAGGGAAGAUUGGAAGAGAGGCGUUGAGGGGAAAACGACUAGAAGUGCUUGCGUACUGGAAGAGAGAGCAAAGUCUCUUAUUACCUGCACCUAUGAGCACAACACCCAAUGGGGACAAGAGAUUGGGCUGAAGUAUGACUGUGCUGUGGAGGAUGUCAUCACAGGCCUAUUAAUUCAAUGUAGAGGGUGGAAGUCCGUCUUUACCAAUCCUCCAAGAAAAGCCUUUCUAGGUGUUGCUCCCACAACACUAGCAGAAUCGUUGGUGCAGUACAAAAGAUGGAGUGAGGGGAAUUUCCAAAUCUUUCUUUCCAAGUACUGUCCCUUCAUACUUGGUCGUGGCAAAAUCAAGCUAGGACUUCGGAUGGGUUAUUGUAUUUAUGGCCUGUGGGCUCCAAACUCGCUCCCUACAAUCUAUUACCUUGUGAUCCCUUCCCUUUGCCUCCUCAAAGGCAUCUCGUUAUUCCCAAAGAUCACAAGCCCAUGGCUCGUGCCCUUUGCCUAUGUCGCCAUUGGGAAACAUGUGUAUGGGCUCGUCGAAUCACUGCAAUCUGGUAACACAUUGGCAGGAUGGUGGAACUCUCAAAGGAUGUGGAUAUUGAGGAGGACCACCUCAUUCCUUUAUGGUAUCAUUGCUACCAUCUUAAAGUUGCUGGGGAUUUCUAAGAUGGGUUUCACAAUCACGGCAAAGGUGUCUGAUGGCGAUGCCUCCAAAAGGUACGAGCAGGAGGUCAUGGAAUUCGGGUCAUCAUCCUCAAUGUUUGUUAUCAUAGCAGCAAUUGCAAUGCUAAAUUUUUUCUGCUUGGUGGGGGGACUCCGAAAGCUGGUGAUAGAUGGGGGAAUUAUGGGUCUUGAGCCAUUAUUCAUUCAAAUUCUUUUAUGCGGGCUGGUCGUAGCCAUCCAUUUGCCCAUUUAUGAAGCUCUUUUCAUGCGAAAGGAUAAAGGCAGCCUACCCCCCUCCGUCGCAUUUCUGUCCCUUGGUUUUGCGAUGUUGGCAUCUCUGCUAACUAUAGCAUAAAUCAUAAAAGUGCAAUUGGGGGGUUGGUUGGUUAAACCACCCUUGUAUGUAUUCUGAGAUUGAGAGAUCAAACCUCAAUAACGGACAUAUCAAUGUUAAUAUAUUUAAUUUUACAUUGACUAUGCAUUAAAUAAAUCUUUAAA